AUCCGCAAGCAAAUUGAAGCUGAAGCUGAAGCUGAACAGAUUCCACACUCCGUUCAGUCUCGAAAGCUUCGUUGAAGCGACCCAACGCGAUCCGCUCUGCUCUCCAAUGAAAACUGCAAACAAAUCUGCGCUGUGGCUGUUGUGUCUGCCACUGGUGUUGUUGCUGGCAUGCAGCUUGUGCGGCACAGAGGCCAGAUCUCGUCCCUGCACCGAUGAUCGCAUUGUGUUUCCGCGUGACAACGAUUCCGAUGCCGCAGCCAAUUCCCCGGUGCCCGCGUGGAUAGUGACCACAGCAGCGACAUCCACAACGACAGCGAAAGAUUCCACGGAGCAGACGACGGAGGACUCCUCCCUCAAUGGCACUGCGACGACCAUCACACCCAUCAUAGUCAAUCGGAUACUGGUGGACACUCUGCCGCGGUGUAAAUCGGGCUUCGAGCUGCGCGCGAAUCGCUGUCGAAAGUCGGCUUAAGCAGAGUCUCUUGAGGGGUCGACUCCCCAUUGUGUAGUUUCUCUAAGAUGUUAGUCUGAUGUUAGUCAAUAAAGUGAUAUAUGAAUAGCGAUAUUUCGCGGCUUUGUCUGCGCUUGUAAGCGAUGAGUUUUCGCUGAUUUGGCAACUGUUUUUUUUUAGGCGAUUCCCAA